AUGGAGAAUUCAAAAUCGACGAAUCCUCUUACAACUGAAAAGGUAAGCAAUCAUGUACCUGAUGAUCUUACAAUGUCGAUUAUAUCAAAAUUGCCUCUAAAAUCUUUGGUGCGAUUUAGGUGUAUACGUAAAUCAUGGUCUCUCUUAUUUGAAAACCCUCAUUUCAUGAACAUUUAUCGCACCAAUUUUGCAUCGAAUAAUAAUUUUUCGUAUGAUGAUGAUUCAUGUCUCACCUUAGAGUUUACUAUGUCAUCUCAUGGAUUAUGUGCCACCUUAUUUUCACUUUAUGGUGAGCGAUUUGAGAAUAAGGUCAAAUUAGAUUUGCCACCUUUUUUUCAAGAAGAUAACGAAUGUAUUAAAAUUUUGGGUUCUCCAAUUGACGAAACACUUUGCCUUUACAAUGGUUUUCAAAUUCCAGAAAUUGUAUUUUGGAACCUAUCUACUAAGGAAUUCAAAGUCCUUCCUCCUAGUCCAAUUGAGUCUCAACCACCUCAUUACAAAUUUAUCUUCUCACUUAUGGGAUUUGGUUAUGACCAUGUUAGAGAUGAUCAUAAAGUAAUUCGGAAUGCAUUAGAAUGGACUCAAUUUGACUUUGAAGAUACUCAAUCAAAUGAGUUCAUAUGGGAACUGUACAGCCUAAGAAAUAACUCUUGGAGGAAACUUGAUGUAGAUAUUUCUCUUGGUUAUGUUACUUUGGACUCUCAAGUUCACACAAACGGAAUGUGUCAUUGGUGGAAUAAAGAUGAAUAUUGUUUGGUCUCGUUUGACUUGAAUAGUGAGGUGUUUUUCAAAACCCCGUUACCAUUACAUGUGGAUGAUAAUGUCUGUUAUGAAUCUAUGGAUAAACGACUCAUGGCAUUAAAUGGAUCUAUUGCUUUUAUUACAACUAUAGCACAUACUCUUCACAUAUCAAUUUUAGGUGAAUACGGUGUGAAAAAAUCGUGGAUUAAACUCUUCAUUAUUGAUUCAUUACCUAAUUAUUUUGAUCAUCCUAUUGGAGCAGGAAGCAAAGGUGAUAUAUUCUUUAAAACAAAAUACAAUGAGAUGGUUCAAUUUGAUUUGAAUACCCAGAAGAUAGAAAAACUUGCUAUUAAAGAUAUUUUAUAUACUUUCCAAAUACUCCUUUAUAAAAAAAUUCUUCUUUUAAUCUAA